CAACACACGCACAAUAUUCUUUGAAACGAAUUUGUUGCUUGAAUUUUUUGCCGGCUAAAAAUCUUUGAUUCAUCAAAUUUAAAUUUUCAUCUCAAAAAAAUCAUAAUGGAUAAUGAUACGGAGAAAAAUUCAUCUAUUGUUAUCAGCGAAGAAGAUCUGGCUCACGAAGAAGAUAUUCUCCGAAAUUCUUAUUCAAUCAAACAUUGGUUGCGUUAUAUUGAUCAUAAGAAAGAAUCAUCAAACAAUGUUGUCAAUUUAUUAUAUGAAAGAGCUUUGAAAUUAAUGCCUGGUAGUUAUAAACUAUGGUAUAGUUAUCUUAAGCUUCGCGUUAAACAGACAAGUUCGUUAUCAAUAUUUGAUCCACUCGUAAAGGAUUCGAAUAAUUGUUUUGAACGUUCAUUGGUUUUUAUGCAUAAAAUGCCACGAAUAUGGAUCGAAUAUCUACAAUUUUUAAUUUCACAAUGUGAUUUGACCAAAACACGGCGAACAUUUGAUCGUGCAUUACAAGCGUUACCAAUCACUCAACAUAAUCGUAUAUGGCCAUUAUAUUUAAAAUUCGUUAAAUCACAUAAUCUUCCCGAAACCUCGAUUCGUGUUUAUCGUCGUUAUCUAAUGUUAUCGCCAGAAGAAGCUGAAGAUUUUAUCGAUUAUCUGAUCUCGAUAGAACGAUGGGAUGAAGCUGCAUUGAAAUUGACAGAAAUUGUAAAUGAUGAACAUUUCGUUUCUAAACAAGGUCGAUCUAAACAUCAACUAUGGACAGAAUUAGCCGAAAUUCUAUGCCGUCAUCCGGGUGAAAUUCAUUCACUCAAUGUUGAUGUAAUUAUUCGUGAAGGCAUAAAACGAUAUGUUGAUCAACAAGGAAAACUAUGGAUUAGUUUAGCCGAAUAUUAUACUCGUAGCGGUUUAUUUGAUAAAGCACGUGAUAUAUUCGAAGAAGCAUUGGCCAACAUUAAAACUGUUCGUGAUUUUUCACAAAUUUUCGAUGCUUACACACAAAGUGAAGAGAAAUUGAUUCAGAUCCGUAUGAAUCAAGAGAAUCUAAGUGAAGAUGAUGAAAUUGAAUUGGAUUUACGAAUGAUACGAUAUGAAGAUAUCAUCGAACGACGACCAUUAUUAUUGAACAAUGUUGCAUUGCGACAAAAUCCACAUAAUGUUGAAGAAUGGUUGAAAAGAGUUAAACUGUUGGAAAAUAAACCAGCCGAGAUUGUUGAAGUUUAUAGUGAUGCUGUACAAACUGUACAGGCAAAACAAGCAAUCGGCAAGUAUUAUUUAUUGUGGGUAAAAUUUGCCCAAUUCUAUGAAUCUAAUGGCCAGCUUGAAGAUGCAAGAUUAAUUUUCGAAAAAGCCGUCACAGUUGAAUACGUAAAAGUUGAAGAUCUGGCCAAUGUUUGGUGUGAAUGGGUAGAAAUGGAAGUGCGUAAUAACAAUUUCGAAACGGCAUUAAAAUUAAUGCAAAGAGCCGUUUCUAUUCCAACUAGAAAAACAUCAUAUUAUGAUCAAUCCGAAUCGGUACAGAACCGUUUAUAUAAAUCAUUGAAAAUAUGGUCAAUGUAUGCCGACUUGGAGGAAAGUUUUGGAACAUUUGAAUCAACAAAAGCAGUGUAUGAUAAAAUAAUUGAAUUGAAAAUCGUCACACCGCAAAUAAUCAUAAAUUAUGGCCUUUUCCUCGAGGAAAACGGAUACUUUGAAGAAUCAUUCAAAGCAUAUGAGAAAGGUAUCGCAUUGUUUCGAUGGCCAAAUGUUUUCGACAUUUGGAAUACAUAUCUAACGAAAUUUCUACGACGAUAUAAAGGUUCCAAAUUGGAACGUAUACGAGAUCUAUUUGAACAAUGUCUAGAAUAUUGUCCGGCAACAUAUUGUAAGCAUUUCUUUUUCCUUUAUGCUAAAUGUGAAGAAGAAUAUGGUUUGGCUAGAAAUGCAACCACUAUUUAUGAUCGAGCAACGAAAAAAGUACCAUCAUCCGAACGAAUGGAAGUAUUCAAUAUUUUUAUUCGUAAAGCAGCCGAAAUGUUUGGCGUUACACAUACGAGAUCAAUCUAUGAGAAAGCAAUCGAAAUGUUGCCAGAUGCUGAAGCACGUGAAAUGUGUUUGAAAUUUGCCGAUCUCGAACGAAAAUUGGGUGAAAUUGACCGUGCACGUGCCAUAUAUGCACAUUGUAGCCAGAUAUGUGAUCCACGUACGGCCACUACAUUCUGGAAUGCGUGGAAAGAUUUUGAGAUAAAACAUGGAAAUGAAGAUACGGUACGAGAAAUGCUUCGAAUAAAACGUUCAGUGAUGGCCACAUUCAAUACACAAGUUAAUUUCAUGUCCGCACAAAUGAUGGCUUCAGCUUUCCAUCAACAGGAUAAAGAACAGAAUAACAAAAUGAAUGAUUUGGAAAACAUCGCUGCAGAAGCUAAUCAACAGACAAAACAAGAGAUUAAAAAUGCCGUACAAUUUGUCAAAUCAGAUUCAGCAACGAAUAAUGGUAAUAAAAUGAAUGAAACCAUCAUCAUUACCGAUACAGCCAAUCCAGAUGAAAUAAAUCUGGAUGACGAUGAAGAUUUGGAUGCGGAACAAAGCGAUGGUGAUGAAGACGAAAAUGGACAAUCAUCUAAAACUAAAUUGACUGAAAUUGAACAAAAAAUGGUUCCAAAAGAAGUUUUUGGAGGUUUACGAAACGACGACGAUGAUGAUUGAUUAUGAUUAUCACUUUUGUUUGAAAAUUUCACCCAACUCAUUGUAUAGUAGCAUAAAUUUUUGCCGUUCUUCAUCAUUGGCGAAAUGGAUAUUUUUCAUUUUUUCAAUAAACAAACGAAAUUCUUUAA